AAGAGUGGAGCGUUGUUAGUCGUAGUGUGCAUUCUGUUUCCUGUCUUGUUCCAGUUCAUCAGUUGCAGUGCUUCAGUCUUCCAAAAUCCAAAUACACUUUUUUUCACAUAUCCGGUUACAUUAGUUUCAUUCUCAUAAUUUGUUUGACUUGCAUUUACUUAGUUUUCUCGGCCCAAAUUUACAAAAAGGCAACACCAUGAUGUCGAUAGUUGUACUGAUAAUAACUAUCAUCAGUAGUAUUGGUACCAGAGCCGACUUGCAAACAAAUAUGUUUGGAGUUCUUCCAGGAAGACUAUCUAGAUGUCCACCGCUUGAAUCCGCAGAAUAUGAAGUAACCACGAUGAUAUCGCUUUCGUUGAAAAUCGGUGGUUGUGCCUACAUCAACUACAAUUCUAGUGACAUAAUAAAACAAUCAUUCAACUUAUGGUUUAACGGUGUGCAAAAUUACGUGCAAAGUUGUCGUGACCAGGGUAUGGAACAUUUUAAUUUGUACUGCCUGACAAAAUCACUCUGGCUGCCAGAUGACGCCAAUAAGGGACCUACGUACAUUAAACUGUACGAUGAAGCUUUUUACAAGGGAGGAAGACUUGAUUAUAGAUGUGCUUUAUACGAGACAGUUGACGGAAAUGCCUCAGCAGUCAGGUUGGCGGUUAGCGGAAACACUUCGUGUCAUGGCUUGUUACAUAUGCUUUCCCACUCAUCCUUGAUCCCUAAAAAUAUUCCUGAGUUUAAUGAAGGGUCCAUGUUGCUGAUAUUUAACAAGACUAAACUUGGUGGGCCAAUAACAUCACAACCGAUAGAUAAGCAGUACGAGAAGCCAGCAGUUCAAGUCAGCGACAAGAGAGAUGGAGAUGGUAAACGUGGUUCAGUUAUGUCCAUUGAUAGUACUAACACGUCUGAAACCCAAGACAAAAAUACAUCACGACAACCACUAUCAAUCGAGGUCAUGCAGCAGCUUUUGAAAUUCCAGUUCAGACGUAGGCGUUCAGCAACAUCAAAUUCAUUCUCAGAUAUUACAGGUUAUAGUUGGAUUCAAGGUUUUGGACGUAAAUAAUGAUUAUAAAAAUAUAAUAAGUAAUACUAUUUGUUCCAAAUUCUAUUGUAACAUUUUUUUUUUGUUACAUCUAUCAAAUAACCUUUGUGUUUUUUUUCUA